AUGUCUUCUCCAGAGGCCCGUGCUGGCGUCAAGCGACCUCGCACCCAGUCUCUUCCCCCUCCUGCUCUCCCUCAGCUGGUCGCUGAGCAGCACACCGCCAUCCCUCCUACCGACAAGGAUUCUCAGCGCCUCAUUGUCGUUCUCUCCAACGCCAGUCUCGAGACCUACAAGGCUUCACAUGGCGGCACCGGCCGCAACGGCGUCCAACGUGAGGAGAAGUACUCGCUACUCAACAGCGACGAGCAUAUUGGAGUUAUGCGCAAGAUGAACCGCGACAUUAGUGACGCGCGCCCGGAUAUUACACAUCAGUGCCUCCUGACCCUGCUCGACUCCCCCAUCAACAAGGCCGGCAAGCUUCAGAUCUACAUUCAUACCGCCAAGGGUGUCUUGAUCGAGGUCUCGCCGUCUGUUCGCAUCCCGCGUACAUUCAAGCGCUUUGCCGGUCUGAUGGUUCAACUGCUGCAUCGCCUGUCCAUCCGCUCGACCAACUCGCAGGAGAAGCUGCUUCGUGUAAUCCAGAAUCCCAUCACCGAUCACCUUCCGCCCAACUGCCGCAAGGUUACGCUCAGUUUCGAGGCCCCUCUGGUACACGUCAGAGACUACAUCGACACGCUCGCCCCCAAGGAGAGUGUUUGCGUCUUCGUCGGUGCCAUGGCAAAGGGUGCCGAUACCUUUGCUGAUGGCCUCGUCGACGAGAAGAUUUCCAUCAGCAACUACAGCUUGUCCGCCAGCGUUGCUUGCAGCAAGUUUUGCCACGCUGCUGAGGAUUCCUGGGACAUUCAGUAG